AAACAGUUCUCCACACCGGUUGUCACAUAUAAAGCAGAUACGAUUGUUGUAUUAAGCGAACUUUACUUACGACAGACAAUACAUAUUCUAUCAGCUAACUCUUGCUUGAACAUAGGUUUCAUUUAAGUACCGAAAUGCAAAUUCCCGUUCUUAUGUUUCUGGCGCUUUUGGUUGGACAAUCAUCUGCCAUCAUUAAUUAUUACCUGGAAAGUUACUGCAAUGGGUAUAGCUGGCCGAUUGACAUGUCCAUCCUGGAUACCGUUCGUCUGCGUCUCACCUCCAGCCUUCGCUAUAACAACAAUAUGAACUGCUCCGUGUCUUUAACUACGUCUUCUUCAAAACAACUUAUGUACUACUUUAGGAGUUUCGACGUGGAGAAUUCCGAUUCGUGUCAGUAUGACUUCCUCGAAAUGCAUGACGGUACAUCUCUACGGGCGCCGUAUGCCAACGGUUUCUACGGAAAGCAGUGUGGGUCUUACGUCGAUCCAUUCGUGUACACCACGUCUAACAGCGCUCUCACGCUCUGGUUCAAAAGUGAUAACAGUAAUACAGGAAAGGGUUUCGACAUGAUAAUCACUUCGUACCAUACAGGUAUCUGCGACCCUGAUGAAUACAGCUGUAGCAACGGACGCUGUGUUGAAAAUUAUUUGACCUGUAACGGCUACAACCCGUGUGGUGAUCACUCCGACUGUGCGCUCACCGUCGGCGGCAUCGCCGGCAUCGCGGUCGGCUCCGUGUGUUAAGCUAUCAUCAUCAUCGUCAUUGCGCUGGUAGUCGUCAGGAGACGCAUUCGUUAUGGGACCGCUCCGAGGAUGACACAUCAAAAUGUCGCCGUAGUGUCGAACGGGUACGCGUACAAUCAGCCCGGCCCAGCUCCCGGCCAAUACCAGUCCCCGCCCCCUCAGUACCACGUGGAUGCCCCAUACCAACAGUACCCGACGAAGUAACCAUGGAUGCCUGGGAUUAAUUGUGCUAUAGCUUUGAACCUUUGAUCGUGCCUUGAACUGUCUUCAAACACUAUUUAAUGGUGCUAUAAUACAUUCUAUGCAUAAAAAACAAAUUGUGAGUGCUUUAAUUGUUAGACGUGACCGAUUUCUUUGUAUGCGAAUACAUACAUAUCGAGGAAUACAUAUAUUGUGUAUUAAUACAUCGUGUAUAUUUACUGUAAUUCUCCACACUUUCAUGAAUCUUAUGCAAAUGUUUGUCAAACUUUGUGGAGAUUAAAAAUAAGUUAUGUGAUUACAAAACUUAAACUUU